AUGUGUCUAACGCUUCGCGGGAAGAAAUACUGGAAAUGCGCAGAGCCCGGUUGCCGGCAAACGGCUGUGACACUGAUGGACCCAAAAAUUAUGGUGAAGUCCCCUUCUAUAGAGCACCCAGGGCACGGCCCAUCCAGGGAGAAAAUCGUGAAAGAAAAAGUUGCCUGGAAUGUGAAAAAUGCCAUUUCUCAGCACUCUAUGGCUUCCGUUGCAGCGGCGACUUCUGCUUCGAUAGCUGGGUUGAAGGCAGCAGAUCGAGGAUACGCCCCAUCCCUGAAUGCCUUGAAACAGGUUGCUCUAAGGAAGAGAACAGAAAUUCCUGAAUUGCCACCCACAGUCGCUGAUUUUCAGGUUGACGGUAGCUACAGCUGUACAACGGAGGGUGUGGACUGGCUCAUUCAUGAUCAUGUGCAUAAUGCCCUUCGGAUGAUGAUUUUCGCCACGCCAAAGAAUUUGGAAUACCUUCACCAUGCAACCACUUGGCACGGCGAUGGGACGUUCGGAAUCGCACUCGAACACGGGAUGACGGUUUUGCUCGACUUUAAUUCGAUCCACGCUGCUGUUCAUGGCCGCGUCGUCCCUCUUGCUUACCUCCUACUACCAGACAAGACCAAACAAACUCAUACUUCUGCUUUCCAAUUCAUCAUCAAUGCCCUAUCAGGUUCCUCUUCUUUACAAACGUUCUGCUCAGAUUUUGAAUCGGGAGUAGUUGCAGCCAUGGCUUAUGACUUCCCUCACAUUAGGCACAAGGCCUGUUUCUAUCAUUUCUGCCAGAGAAUGUGGCGGAAAAUCCAAGAACUGGGCCUAACUCAGUUCUACAGAGAUGAUGACAUUGCCAUAAAGAUUCGUAUGAUGACAUGUCUCGCCUUCUUUCCAGUGGAAGACGUCCAGAAAGUAUUUGCUGAAUUGGAAGCAACCAUGCCAUCUGAAGCCAAACAUGUUGUGCAGUACUUCCGGGAAACUUACGUCGAUGGAAGAAGACGACGGGGCAGAGCCAGAAAUGGGGCUGUCUAUCCACCGCAGCUGUGGAAUGUUCGAGGUCGAACCCUCUCCAGUGAGCCCCGAACGAAAAACAAUCUUGAGGCAUGGCACCGACGGGCAUCGUCAUUAUUUGGAAAGCACAUACAUUUUUACGCAUUCUUGUUACAGUGCAAAGUAGAGCAGUCAGUGAUAGAGCAUGUCAUGGUGAAGUUGGAAGCGGGCCACAUUCCAGGGAAAAAGAAAGCAGAGAUUGACAAGAACAACAGAAUUCUGACAAUCACGCGUACCUAUGGGGAUCGCUGCAAUGUCUUUCUUGAGAAGUCUUUCCUAUAA